GCAUCAGUCUUCCUUGCUACACUGAUCCUUAACAUGAUCGACGUUUUUACUCUUAACAUUAUAUUCUUUGGGAAACCUCCUCCGAUUUACCAACGGCCUUGAAAUUCUGGGAUUUAUCGUCCAAUCAAAUCAGCCGAAUACCAAACGGUGCCUUUGUUGGGUUUGAUAGUCUGGUUAACUUGUCCAUUGCAAACAAUGCAAUCGAACAAAUUAGCAAUCAAAGUUUCGAGGGACUCACAAGUCUACUAAAACUAGACUUGAAGUACAACAAGCUAAAAAUAUGGCAUGGAGAUUUCAAGAAUCAAUUGCCAUUCCUUGAAUCCGUUGACGUCACAGGAAACGUCACUUGGUUACCAAGCCACAAUCUACUUGAGCUACCAAGCCUUCAAAUAAUCCGAGGCGUGGGCUGGAGUGAGGCUUGUAGCAAUUGUGUGUUGGUGAGAAACAACAGCCAACAAGAAAAAGAAGUGAUUGAAAACUUCAAAAAGGGAGAACUGCUCGAAGGACGUAAAGGAGACUGCCGCGCGAUAAAACACAGGUUCUCCGAUCAUCUCAAACACUUUGCAACUUAUGGGUUUUUUUCUUCAUGUUUCGAGGUGAAUACCAAGUGUUAUAGCACGAUGGUUGAGACGAUACCAAUCCACAGAUGUUGGAAUAUGGAUAAUUACGUACUAAACUUGGAAUUCAUUAUCGGGCCGAUCGCUCUUGUUCUGAACUUGAUAGUCGUCAUCAUCACACUGACCACGCCCAAGCUGUUCAAAAAUGUCGCCAUGUUGUUGGUUUGUAACAUUGCCUUCAGUGAUCUUUGCCUGGCACUUUACUCUAUACUUAUCACAAGUAUUCGAAGAAUUCCCUACGCCCAGUUCUACUCCAUUAUCGACUCCGUCUGUCCUUGUUUGGGUUUCCUGUGGACAAUAUCUCAGGCAAAUACUGUCUUAACACUAGUCUUUCUCACUAUCGAACGCUAUCUCGCUAUUAUUUACUGCAUGGCGCCUGACAUACGCAUGCGCAGAACAGUAGCAUUGAGGUGUAUCUUCGUCACGUGGGUGGUUGCCAUGGUAACAGCGAUACUUCCUGCAGUUGGUAUAGGAGUAUAUACAGGGAAUACGUACUGUGUACCUUUGAAUCCGAGAAAAGAUAUUCCAUAUAUGUACGAGUUCAGCAUUGGUGCUACAUCGGCUUGCAUUAUAUUGUAUCUCAUUACGAUCCCACUAUAUUUACAUAUAUACCGAUUUGUUAAGCGGAGUAGUUUAACGGGAGUUAAAAGAGAGACAAGCGUCGCCAAGAGAAUCGCUAUAAUGGUGUUUUGUAACAUUAUGUUUUUCUGCUUACCAGUCCUUAUCGGUCUUCUUUGGGUGUCGUGUAAUUUCACCAAGGGAAUGGACCCGAUUAUUAAGGAAAUCAUCACGGGUGUGGUGCCGACCAUCUGUUUUACGUUGAACUCGAUGAUCAACCCACUUCUAUAUGCGUAUAGGAAUGAAACUUUCAUGUACACUUUGAAAGGAUGGUUAAAAGAUGUGAGGGAUAUUGUACGAAGAAGAGCAAGAAGCUUGUCGCACUCAACCACCCUUCCCUCGCCGCACCAGACAUCAGGUAUAGAAGAGUAAUCCACAGUACCGGUCAAACGCUGGAUUUUCAUUGCUCCCUAAGUACAGUACCGCUUUUGUGGGGUUAGGUUUAGUGCUAUUGUUUAGAUGACCAAUCUAUUGGUUUUUAAUCCAAUCAUGUAACUCCUUCCGAGCGGUACAGGCUGGCUCGUAUAUAUAGAAGAGCUAAAUAUAACUAAAAAUGUCAAAUAAUCCAUAUCAAGUUUUGUUCCAUACAUUACUGUCAAAGUUGGAGUUGAGAAAGGUCACUCCACAUAUGGAAUCAUAUAGUUCCAUAAUUGGAUUGCGGGUCUUUACCCCGAGGUCAAAGAAGGCGGACAAGCGUGUUCGUCGGCUGGCGAAACGGCUGAGAGACAUUUGCGAGCUUGGCGAAGACAAAAAAUACGAAAAAACUACAAAAAAUACGAAAAAAACUGGCAACAGCCUUCUCCCCAGUCCCUUUUUUUAAGACCGGGAAAGAGAGCUUUGACACUAUGUCGAGACCAGAUUGAGAGCUUUGAUAUAAUAGUUUAAUAAUAUAUACAUAUGACUACACAACUACGGACAUGACUCUUCAAUUAUCUGAGUGGUCAAACGCAUGCGCAUUGCAAAUACGUAUUCUAGUAUCACGUUUCGCCCAGUGCCCUUAUUUCUUACAGCGCAUGCUCGAGGAGAUAAUUCUAUUUUCGUCAAGCAUGCGCAAAAAGAAAAAAGGGUCUGGGUACAAGAUUGAGUCUAGCCCAGUUUACCUCCGUCUUAAGUGUGCGCUCGGGAACUGGACAUGCAGAGAAAAAUUAAAAUAUGAAAUUCGAAUUAGAAA